GGUCAGCAACGGUUUUUGACUACUGGAGCUGUGUUCCGCAUAUGUAAACACAGUAAUCAGCUGAUUACAAAGCUCAUAAAUAAUAAAAGUAAAGAAAAUUCAUUUGCAAAAUUCAUAUUCAAAAAUAAAGGAGACAUGGACUUCUGACUUAAACGCACGCGCACUACAUGAGCCAAUCACAUAACGUCUAUAGAGGGAUAGGGAAUACUUCACUUGACUUCGCGUUGUAGCAUAUAUACGAUGAAUACUUGUAGAAGAUAUUCUCUGUGAUUAACUCGGGAAGAAAACAAAUAUUAUAUUUGUUUAUUAAUUUUGUACUUGGUUAUAAAUUCAAAACUCACUUGCUCAAAAUGAACGAAGGAAAAUCUUUAAAUAAUGUCAGUGAAAAUAGCACUGAAGCAUCACACUCUAAUUUGAAUGGUGGAGUUCAAGAUCUAUCCAAUAACAAAUCAUCACCUGUUAAGAGCGAAAAGGCUAAUGAUUCUGUUCAAGAAAAUAGCACACUUAAAAGAGUCAGUACAUCUAGUGCAAAUAAUUCAACUGGUAAGGCAAAGAAGCGGAAAAGAUGUCCAAGAGAUGCUACAGCACCCAAACAACCUUUAACUGGUUACUUUAGGUUUCUGAAUGAUCGAAGAGAAAAAGUCAGAAGUGAAAAUCCUACAAUGCCAUUUUCUGAAAUUACAAGGCAGCUUGCUGCUGAAUGGAAUGUUUUACCAGCCGACAUCAAACAGCAAUACUUGGAUGCUGCGGAACAAGAUAAAGAACGUUAUAACAGAGAAUUCAAUGAUUAUAAACAAACGGAUGCUUAUAAAUUGUUUUUAGAAAAGCAGGCUACUAAGAAGGAAAAGAAAAACCAAAAAAAAGAGAAAGAGAGUAAUGGUACUGAUACUUCCACCGCUCCUCCAGCUGCUUCAGAAAACAAUACAUCUCGGAAAGAAAAGAACGAGCAAACUGGAACGUGGGAUAUUCCGAUAUUCACGGAAGAAUUUUUAGAACAUAAUAAAUCAUGCGAAGUAGAGUUGCGCCAAUUACGAAAAAAUACAGCCGAUUAUGAAUCACAGAAUGCUGUUCUGCAACGACAUGUAGAUAGUUUGCAUACAGCUGUAAAUAGAUUGGAGACUGAAACAAAUUAUCAACAAACAGCUAAUGAGGCUUUGCAACGACAUUUAGAUAUGUUGAGAUCUCAAUUAGCUUCCUGUUUUGCCAAUAUACCUUUAACAGAUUGCUUUGAAGGUGCAACGCCACAAAAUAUCGAUUCUUAUGUUGAAAGACUUGAUUCUCUAGUGAACACUAAUACGGAACCAUCAUUACGCAGCGCUGUCCGAACUGCCGUUUCUCGCCUGGACUUUAUUAAAUGACCCAUGCUUUCAGUGACACCACCAAAACAUCAGCGUUCUCGGCAAAAUCACCGUAAAUCUUCAAAUUAAAGACUGUAUCGAGAGUGUAGUCUUGUCAUAUAAUUGCUAAAAUUGUAUCAGUCUUUGCUUUGAAAAGUCAAGUAGUUUUUUCAAGAUUUCGAUUUAAGGAGUUCUAUACUUCUUUUUAAACUGUCGAGUGAGUAUCUGUAAAAAGGAAAUGAGUAUCCGGCAUACAAUACAAGGAGACGACAUUAACUCGCUAGUGAUAAAAGUUGAUAUUCUUGAUACCUUAGUGCAGCUGCGUUUGGAAGUUUAUUUUUUUCACAUUCUGAUACGAUCUGCUUAAUACGUGGAUAGACAUAUUUUAGCAGUUCGAUAUUGAUUUUUGAGAUAGAACUCACGAAUUCAAAACUAACUUUUGAAUUCGUUUGGACAUACUUAUUCAACACGUUCCAAACGAUUUCGUUUAAUUUUUCCCUGAAACGGACAAAUUACGUAUAGAAUUAAUUAAUAAGUCUUUUUUGCAAAUAAAUACAUAAAUGUAUAUUAAACAAACCUAAGCGAUAGGUUUUCUUUAUAGUAAGAAUUUAAAGAGACGUCUUUUAGAAAAUCAAUUGCUUGUUGCUUGUGAGGAUGAUGAUCAUGAACUCUCAUGUAACAAUUAAAUACCGAUGAGGCAGAAACUGAAACAAUUGAAUCUAAAACGUCGAUAGAAUAAAUCUUCCCAGCUCUAAUAAGAUUCCUCAAUAGUAGCAUCACCUGUAAAAAUAUUUAAUUUUCAUCAUCGUAUAGGAAUCUUUUAUUUCCAUUCGUAUUUAAACAACGAGAUAAUUUUGUUUUACCAAGUAGCAAUGCUUGUGAGUGGAAUUACUUCCGCAAAUAGUGACGAAAUUAGCUGCUAACAUAUCUAAAAUUGAACGGACGAAAUUGGGUUUUGCUUCCAAAAAGCAUUUUGAAAGUGAAUCUGCCACCUUGAAAGCAUUUUCGUUAGAUGUUUCCACUGUUAUCAACAACGGGAGAUAUCUUUCAAAAAGUUCUCUUAUCAUAGUUUGCAGAGAGAUGUCCGUUUUCACAUUCAAAUUCUCUAUGCCUAAUAUAAUCAUGUGAAAUAUUCUUUGGGCUAAGUGCACCAAAUGUGGUUGGGCUGGUUGCUCGGGAGGUAAAGCCACUUUAUUAAUCAAUACCCGCAACAUGUUGCUUGGUUGGUUCUGUAAACAAAAAAAAAACUUUAAGAAUGAAAUAUAUUUGUACAAUAAGAAAAAACAAAAAA